AUGACCGUGGGUGGUGUACUGACUGCCGGUCCCUCCGAGUUGGUCCCUCAGAAGGAAUUGGUUUAUAAUGGGCUCUUGCCUUACGCCGACCGGCUGGACCAGGAAGCCUCGGAACUUCUGGCGGACAUCAAGUUUAACCUUUCCAGAGCUGUGCUUCUCCGGGAACUCUGGCCUGGUGUUGCCUUCUGGUGCAGGAAGCUAUUGUCAUUCCUAAAGCUUUACGGCCGGAGAUUCAGCAAGGACGACCAUGUUCUGUUCAUCAAGCUGCUUUACGAGUUGGUCACACUCCCAGGCUUGGAGCCCCACAUGAUGCAGAACUACGCCCGGCUGCUCAUCCAACUCCUCAAGAAAAAGGAACUGCUUUCAAGGGAUGACCUCCAGUUGCCAUGGCGACCGCUCCACCAGCUCUACGAGAAGGUGGUCCACUCCAAGACAGAGCAUCUUGGGCUCGUCUGGUUCCCCAAUUCAUUGGAGCACAUUCUGAAGGCAUUGGUCAAAAGUUGCAGACCGUACUUCGCUGCCUCGUCCACCAAGGAGAUGUUGGAUGAGUGGCGCCCCCUGCUGUGCGUGUUCGACACAGUCAUGCAGAAAGCCAUUGCCACUAUGGAGCUUUUCCUGCCCACCAUUAUGCCCCCUGAGGAGCACGCACAAGGUUUCCGACUGUGGUUUGAUGAAUUGAUGGAUCUUUGGUUGUCAGUGCAAAAUCAACCGAGCUGGGAAGGGCACUUAGUCAACCUGUUUGCUCGUCUCGCCAACGACAACAUUGGCUACGUGGACUGGACGCCUUACAUUUCCACAAUCUUCACGAGAAUCCUGCGCAGUUUAAACCUGCCUGUUGGAGUCAACCACAUGGUGGCGCUGCGCUACCUCACAAACUCCUACGACAUUGGACACCUGGUGUUGUGGAUCACGGCCUUGCUGGGUGGACCAGGAAACCCCGCGCAGAAAGAGUUGACCCGUCUCUUUAACAGCAUCGCUUCCUUUUAUCAUCCGUCCAAUCACGGUCGCUGGCAGUCUCGCCUCAUGCGCCUACUCCAACGUCUGCCGGCAAGCGUGGUGCGUCGGGCGCACCGUGAACGCCACGCCACCCCCGGCUGGAUCACGCUGGUGCCCGAAAGUCAGCGGCUCACUGAUGAAGAUUUGGAAGAUUUCACUCGCAGCCUCACAGGCGCCGCCCUGCUGGCCAUGUUUAGUAAGACCGGGAGCACAGAUGCCGCGUUUGCCCUGCAAAACCUGGCUCUCCUCACACCACAAUUAGCCAUCCCACCUGUGCUGGAGAAGACGUACGCGGCGAUGGAGACCCUGACGGAACCGCACACCCUAACCGCCACGCUCAGCUGUAUGAUCGGCAUGGCGCGCAGCCUGGUGGCCCCCGGCGAGCGCUACCCGGAAGGCCGUUUGCACGUGCUGCCCUUGCUUAUGGGCUCGCUUCCAGGAGUAGACCCCAACGACUUUAGCAAGUGCAUGAUAACCUUUCAGUUCAUCACCACUUUUACCACGCUGGUGCCUUUGGUCGACUGUUCGUCUGCACCAUCUCGACAUAGUGAUCUAACAGAGGUGGAAAAAGAGUUGUGCUUUGCUUCUGCUGAGUUCGAAGAUUUUGUCCUACAGUUUCUGGACAGGUGCUUUGCUUUGAUCGACAGCAGCACACUGGAGCAGACGCGAGACGACGCGGAGACGGACACUCAGACGCAGCUGGAGAGUUUGGUGGAGAUGGGGCUGUCGUCCACUGUCAGCACCGUCCUCACGCAGUGCUCCACACGCAUAUACAUGGUGGCACUGCAGAAAGUGUACAACUUUGCUACCUCCAACAUCUUUGAGACAUGCGUGUCAGGGAGAAUGGUGGCCGACAUGUGCAGAGCGGCCGCAAAGUGUCAUCCUGCUGAGUCGCUCCGACUCUUUGUCCCUCACUGCUGCAGCCUCAUUUUCCAACUUACUGAAAAUGAGGACCUCCAGAAUGAAGAGGAGCUGGAUAAAGAAUUGCUUUGGAACCUCCAGCUGCUAUCUGAGGUGACCCGCGUGGACGGCGAGCAGCUGUUGCGGUACGGCGACGAGCUGGAGCGCGUUCUCGGCACGUGCGUGCGUCUGCGCUGCAAACGGGCGUACGCGCUGGCCGCAAGCCUGCUGGAGCACACGCUACGCUCGCUCUCGCUCGUUUAUCCGACUGAGUACCGCAGCACGGCGGGUGGCUUCGGACAAGAACUCCCCGUACGAGAUUGGGGUCAACCUGGCGAUCUCAAAGCUUUGUGUUUGUGCUGGCACGUUCCGAGUUUGGACGAGGAGAAUUUUGUUUUCCUGCUUUUGUCCCGCCUCCUUAAACCUGAACUGGAGCGAAUUGGGGGCCACGUUUCAGGGGACCAGCCAAUGAGCAGGGAAGAGCUGUUGCAGAGCCUUGCCAUCGUGCAUCACAGCCUUCUCGGGGCUGGCAGGUUGUUGCCUCCUCUUGAUGGACCUCCCGUAGCAGAUCUAGUGCCCUCCAUGGUCAACCUGGGGGAGUUCAAGCUAUACAUCGGCAUGGAGUAUGAUGAUUCGCGCGAGAAUUACCGAGAGUCCAUCUGCCGCACAAUGAGGCUGCUGCUGCAUCACAUCCUGCAGCACACAGAGGAUGACACCAAGUCACUCUUUGUCAUCAUUAAGAUCAUCGGCGACCUCCUGUUUUUCCGAGGCACGCACAAGAAAGAGUUUGACUCCCGCUGGAAGAGCUUCACACUGGUCAAGAAGUCGAUGGAAAACCGGCUUUACGGAAAGAAGCAGCAUAUUCGGGCACUGCUCAUCGACCGGGUCUUACUGCAGCACGAGAUGAGGAAGCUGAUGGUCGAGGGCUGCGAAUACAAAGAAGUCCACCAGCAGCUGCUUUGUGACCUUCUGCUACUGUCAACCAGCACUUACAGUCAGGUCCGUAGCAGGGCCCAGAAUGUGCUGACCACCGCGCUAGCGACCUACAGCUUCUCCUACCGGGACCUGAUUCCUCGAAUUGUGGAACUUUUGUCGCCGCAACAAUCUGCGAGCACGCAACAACAAUUCAAGGGGGCGCUGUACUGCUUGCAAGCGGCGCACAGUGGCGUUUGCCUGGCAAGUCUUCGUGACUGGGACUGCGUAGGCGCCGUUUGGCCAGCACUGGUCCGCUGCGGUCUGUCGCCCUCCACAACCCUAGACGAGCACUCCGUGGGUCACCUAUUGGACGACAUCGUCGAUCGGAUCCACAGGCAGCACGACACUGUUGGCAUAUUUUUUACCGUAUCCGAAAGCUGCGUUGAGAUCGCCAAACAAAUGGCACCUUCGCAGACUCUCUCUGUCGAGGAGCUAAAGGAGGGUCUUCAACGGCAGAGAAUUAGAAAUGUCGUUAAUGCCCGGAAAUAUGAGAAGCUGGUUAAUGACCUGUUGGACUGCCUUGAAGACAGAGAGCUGCCUUGGAAGUUUGAGCACACGGCUGCAGAUUUACUGUCACUCCUGCUUAGGGACGAUCACCCACUACCGCCGGACGCCGUCCUCUACUUUACACAAAGCCUAAUUCAUGACUCCAUAAGCAUACGCAAGGUGGCAAUAUCAUCAAUGGCAGCUAUCCUGAAACAGCUCAAAAGACCACGAAGGAAAGUCGCAGUGAAGCUGUCGGACAUUAGUGGUGUGGCGGACCCGGAGGGCGUGUGGGUCGGGGACCGGCAGGCCAACUGCUGGUUGCAGUACAGCAGUGCCGACCUGCCCUUCAGCGAGGAGGCGUGGGACUCGCAGCUGCACGUGGAGAAAACGCACGUGGGCUACUACUCGUGGCCGAGAGAAAUGAUGAUCUACGCUCCUUUACAAAAGCUGAAAGAUGAUCUGCCAUAUGAGGAGAUGAAUGAGUCAGAAAAGAUCAUUUUUGAAUAUUUCUCCGACCCGGAGUUCAUCGAGCAACUGAUGGAGUUCCUGUCUUUGGAAGAGCGGAAAGGAAAAGACAGCUUCAACCCUCGACGCUUCUGUCUCUUUAAGGGCCUGUUUCGCAACUAUGGUGAUGUCUUCCUACCUCUACUGCGGCCGCACUUGGAGCAGUUGUCCGCCGACCCGCACGAGAGCUCGCAGCGUUGCGUUUGCGAGAUCGCCGCCGGGCUCAUCCGGGGAAGCAAACUGUGGAGUUUCAGCAAGGUCGACAAAUUAUGGCAUUUUUUGUCUCCACUGAUCAAGAUGGCAUUGACCAACGUGACUGUGGAAACCUUCACAGACUGGGGCACCUGCGUCGCCACUGCAUGCGAGGGCCGUGAUCCCAGAAAGCUCCACUGGCUGUUCGAGCUGCUGAUGGAGAAGCCGCUCAUCGGCGAGGGAAGCUCAUUCCGAGACGCCAGUUUGCUGUACGUGCUCCAGGGCGGUCUGGCCCAGCAACAGUGGCGAGUGUCCGAACUCCUGCACAGGCUCUUGGCUUACCUGGAACCCAAACUCACGCACGUGUACAAGAACGUACGCGAGCGCAUCGGCAGUGUCCUGACCUACAUCUUCAUGAUGGACGUGGCCCUGCCCCACACGCAGCCCACUUCCUCCCCCCACGUAGCCGACUUCGUCACCCGGGUGCUGGAGCGGCUCAAGCCCCUCACGUCCGAGGCGGAGAUUCACAACCACGUGCGCGAGGAGAACGCCCCCGAGACCGCCGACGGGCGCACACAGGCUGUCAAGCUGCUCAAGACGGUCUUAAAAUGGCUGCUGGCCAGCGCCGGGCGGACGUUCACCACGCCUGUUCAGCAGCAACUUCAACUCCUGCCUCUGCUUUUCAAGAUCGCCCCGGUGGAGAUUGAUGAGAGUUAUGAUGAGAUGAAACAGGACGCUCGCACAUGCCUCUCUCUGAUGUCCCAGGGCCUGCUCUAUCCCCGACACAUCCCUCUCGUCUUGGCUGCCCUGGAAGAGAUGGCCGGCAGCAGGUCGUGGCACGCGCGCUACUCUGUGCUGACCUACCUACAGAUUACGGUCUUCUCCAACUUAUUCACUUUGCUCAGCGUGCCCGCGGAGGUGCAGCGCGUCCGCAAGCUGGUCAUGCGUCUGCUGUUGGACGAGCAGCUUGAGGUGAGGGACAUGGCAGGCACCACCCUGAGUGGUUUACUGCAGUGCCACUUCUUCCCUCUGGACCGCAGUCUGCAGAUUCAACUGCAGACGCUGAGUCACACGCGCCUACCCAAGGCCAGAGGAGAGCUGGCUUCCACUGAUCUGGUGCGUCGCCACGCGGGAGUUUUGGGCCUGAGCGCGUGCAUCCUGUCCAGCCCUUAUGACGUCCCCACCUGGAUGCCGCAGAUUCUGAUGGACCUGAGUGACCACCUCAACGACCCGCAACCCAUCGAGAUGACGGUGAAAAAAACCUUGUCGGAAUUUCGUCGCACACACCACGACAACUGGCAAGAGCAUCGGCAGCGCUUCACCGACGACCAGCUGCUGGUGCUCACAGACUUGCUGGUGUCUCCGUGCUACUACGCUUAA